AUGCUAUUACCAUCAGCGGCGAGUCUGCUCGUCCCCUUCCUCGACUGGCUUUUAGGCAAUCGCCGUGAUGAGGGGACCCACUGCAAUCCGUCGAACCAGCUUACACCAUCUCUUCGAUUCGAAUUACGCCAUCUCCAUGCAGCGUCCACUUCCAACGCCGAGGUCGCUUUUGCAGAUGUGCGGCCCAGCUCCCAGGUCUUCAAAAACAUGAGCAGCUCGGAUCCGUUUGGAAGCACGAAGCCGUCGUAUGAUGUUCGAUCAAGGUUGACGAAGACAUUCAAACCCUCGUCGUUCGAGGCACACAAUCACGCGCGACUGCGGUCGCUCCGAUAUGGAGAGAACGAGUGGUUGGAUUGGGGUGAAGAUGAGAUCAUCGGUCCAGAUGUAGAGAGUCGAGAAACUCUACUCGAGCUCGCGAAGAUGACAAACAAUGCAUAUGUUGAGCCCAACGAUCCGGCGUGGUACAACCUCACUGAUCAGUGGUCCAUUUCAUAUCCGUUUGGAUGGGAGCCAGAGUCAGAUGGCUUCCGUGGGCACGUAUUCGCCACUGAGGAUAAUUCAACCGUCGUCGUCUCAAUCAAGGGCACUUCUGCGGGCGUGUUCGGUGGUGGAGGACCAACAGCUAAAAAGGACAAAAUAAACGACAAUCUCCUCUUCAGUUGUUGCUGUGCACGCGUAGACUGGACGUGGUCGACAGUGUGUGGAUGUUAUCGUGGGGGAUGGAAGUGCGACCAGAAUUGCUUGGAGCAGGCGCUUAUCGAGGACAGUCUCUUCUACCCCAUCGGUACCAAUCUGUAUAAUAACAUCACCUACAUGUAUCCCAACUCGAACAUCUGGGUCAUUGGACAUUCACUAGGCGGGGCUCUGGCCAGCCUAGUUGGCAUAACCUUUGGUCUUCCUGUCGUAACAUUCGAGUCGCCUGGUGAACGGCUAGCGGCAAGUCGUCUGCAUCUACCGUCGCCUCCCUCGACUCAUCAUGUUACCCACGUCUACCACACCGCUGAUCCCAUAGCAAUGGGAACGUGCAACGGCGUCCUUUCUUCUUGUGCCCUAGGAGGAUAUGCGAUGGAGACAAGAUGCCACCUCGGAAAAACUAUAGUUUAUGACACAGUGUCUAACGCGUCCUGGACAGUGGAUGUACGCACUCAUGGGAUUGUGAAUGUUAUUGAGAGGCUGCUCUCCGAUCCGUGGCCGCCGAGCAUCGAGGCGGGGCGAGAGGUUCCAGAGCCUACCGCUGAAGUAGACUGCGUGGAAUGCUACAGUUGGCAGUUCGGUGACUUUCCUGCUGGAUAA